AAUUUAAAUAAAAACCCACAUGCAUGCAUGCACAUGCGGUAUCACUGCACCGAAAAUCGUCAUUUAUUAAUUAAAAAUGGCAAAAUCCGACGCGGUACAAGUCGAUAAAUCCGCCUUGAUAGCCCAGCAAUUAGAAUGGAUCCGACUAAUAUCAGGAAACGAAGAGAAAGCCAGAUUAAAAGGGCUUAAAAAUCUGGGUAAAUGGUUACUGAUGAGAUCUGCGGCAAUGCCGUUUACGGAAUUCGACUUUCAGAGGAUUUGGAAAGGAUUGUAUUAUUGCAUGUGGAUGGCUGAUAAACCUUUAGUACAGGAGGAUUGUGCUGAAAAAAUAUCCAAACUAGUCCAUUUUCCUGAUGUUCCAACAGCAUUAAUAUUCUUUAAAGCGGGAUUGCAAAUACUCGCCAAUGAAUGGAGUGGAAUUCAACAAUUGAGGCUUGAUAAGUUUCUAAUGCUUGUAAGGAGAUUAUUCAGAGAAACAUUCUCAGUACUCAGGAAUAACAAAUUCAAGAAAAACCACAUCGAAGGUUUUGCUGAAAUUCUGUCCGAUACGAUUUUGAAUCAGGCCAAUAAUACUCCCGUAGGACUAUUUAUGCACGUGGUUGAAGUGUAUUUAGAAGAACUUGCUAAGGUAUCACAGGGAAAAGUUCAACCCAAUCAAGUUUUAGAUUUGACGAGACCUUUCAUGAAGUAUUUGUCGAGUUGUAAUGACGGAAGACAAAUAGGCCAUUUGAGGAAAUUCAUUUUUACUUAUUUAAUUAGACAGUCGAAAUUAGGAUUGGACUACCAAGAGAGAUACGAGGCAUGGAGACAGCAAGGAUUUCCCGGCAACAUAGACUCCAUGCAGAAAAUCAAAAUAGACAAGAAUUCAGAUGAUAACGAAGAUGAUGAAGAGAAUGAAGAUGAGCCGAAGGAGAAACCUUUAGAUCCUCGCGCUGGUCGAGUGGAUGUAGAAAUUCCUCAGCUUAAUUUUAAACCACAAGACGUGGCUAAUGCCCUGCUUGAGUAUAAAUUCGAAGCAAAUACAUCAAAUCGAUCGAGAGCCAUGAUCAAAACUUUAGCGAAACAGUUUACUUCUUUAGCAAACGGGGUUUACCCUCUAGGAAUUAAAAAAAUCCAAGCAGAUGCUAAUGAUUUGAACAUCCGUAAAGCAGCUAAAGAGCUGAUAAAAUUCGAACAGAAAAUCAUGGGGAAAAAUGCCAAAAAAAGAAAACAUGACAAAGAAAACGAUGUAAUUAGCGAAAACAAGCGCCAAAAAUUGAGCGAUUGCAACGAAAAGAACCAGCAGAAAAAGAAGAAGAAGAAUAGGAACAAGAAUCAAAAAGCUUCCGAAGAAACUACUACAGAUAUCGAGCAUUCCACUAUAAAAACGGAGAUGAUAGAAAAGAAAAACAAGGUUAAAGUUGGAAUAGAAAAGAAGAAUAAAAUUCGAACCGUAAAAAAAUCUAACGAAAUCAAAUCGAAAUCCAAACUUAAAGAUCUGCAAAUAGCCCUAACCAGGAUUAAACAAGCUCCUAGCGAAACCCUCGAGUGCGUCCUUAAGAGAAACUCAGGUACUUGGUUUGUUUAUGAAUUGGAUGAACCGAAAGCUCCGGAUACCCGAUCGAUGACUCUAACACAAUCCGAAGAAAUCCCAGCGGUAGAGAAAGAGUUCACUUUAAGUCCCUCGGGUAAAUCGAACGAAGGUAAUUCACCAAAAAAACCGUCGGAAACUCCUAACCCGUUGUUCCCGAAGUCCGCAUGGGAAGAGCCUCUGCAAGAAGGAGAAUACGAGUAUUUCGUAACGUCGAAGAAACCGAAAUCUCCCCCGGCAAGCGACAAAAACGUCAAAGACAUGAUCGAAUCGACGUUGAAGAGGAUCAAGGGCAAGUCGAAGUUGAGUUUGGACUCGCGCCUGAUCGAGAACCCGUUCGCUAAACCGAGCAGCGCGAAGAAAGUGAAGAUUAACACCAAAUUGAACAGGUCGCAGGAGAUCCAGGAGCACUACGUUAGGGUGAGAAGCUCCCCGGGGAUUCCCUUCGACGCCAGCCGGAGGCCGGCGAAACCGUUGCUGAAAUCGGGCGCCGCUUCGUCGCCUAUUAAUCCGUUUUAUAAAAGAAAAUCGUUUUUGAAGAAACGUUCCGUUUGAGUAAUUGUUUGUAAUGCUUAUUCUGAAUGAAUUCCGGAGUGACUUGUGCAUUGGGAUCAGCGUUGGCCAAGAAACUAGCGAAAUUGUCUUCGAACUGACUAGCGGCCUGCUGGAUGAAAUCUUGCGACCAAUCUUGAUCGGGUUGAUUUUGACUACUAGACGUGCUAACGGUACCAUCAGACUUUGCAUUGGCGUCCUUUGGGCUUUUCGCC